CUUCAUAUCAUUGCUUUUUUCUUUUCUGUAAACUCCGGACAAGUACCAGUAUAGUAGCUACUAAGGGCAAUACUAAAGGAAUAAUAGGAUUGAUUUCUUUUACUGCGCAAACAGUCUCUGUCUGACAAAAGUCAUUAAUCCAAGAUGGCCUCAAUACCAGGCAAUUGCCUCUUUAGGGGGGUUUUUAUCACAGCUCUCCUCAGCUUGUUGAUGGACACGACAAGAGGAAUCACCAUUGAAGUGAUCCCUACACGUCCAAUUCCCAAUUCAGAUGUUACUCUCAAAGUCAAAGGUGUCAUUGGGACAAUAAGAAGCUUCAGCUGGUACAAUGGAUCCAACCCAAGCGCUUCAAAUCAAAUCUUAAACUAUAUCCCAUCUCUUACACCACCACAGACCAAAGGACAUAUGUACUUCGAUCAGGCAGAAGCACUGGCAAAUGGCUCACUUCUGAUCAAAAACUUCGUGAAGACAUUUGAGGGUUUUUACACAGUGCAGAUACAAGCAGAGAGCCCACUACAAGCAUCGGUGUCUGUAACUAUGAGUGAAAAUCCAACUACUCCCAACCAAAACCUAACAUCUAUUACCAAUCCCCCAACAGAACAUGCUACUGCUCCCAGCCAACAUGUUACAUCUCUUUCUAUAACCCCAACAGGUAUAGCUCCUCUUGGGGCGUCAUCUACUAGUCUACUUAUCGGAGCACUGUUAUUUUAUACCCUCAACGUCCUCUGACAGUAAACAUCAGGAGAAUAAUGCUAAGAAUUUCUGAUGAAUUUCAUUUAAUAUAAAGGAUGGAAGCUCACUAAAAUUAAAGGACCAGGAUAAAAGAGCAACAAAAGAACCAGCAACCUCUCAUUCUCCAUGAAUUUGGUGUUACAUUAUAAGAGACGGCGCCAACUUUUUUUUCUUUAAAGGUUCUUCAGACCUAUCGGGAAACUUCAAGAAGCUUCAAUGAACUUUUUUGGGAAACUCUAUAUAAAACGUAUCCUACCAAACAACAGAUCCUAUUAUUUAUUUGUAGUCUAUACUCUUGUAAUGCUUGCUCUUACAUGUCUGGACUCUAAUAUGAAGGAUGGGAUACUAACACGUUGCAGAAUGAUUCUACUGUCACACUACUUAUAGAAUGAUCUAUGCAGAAGAACAUUCCAAUAGAGGAACAAUGUGUGGGUUGGGGCGGGUGGGGGAUGGGUUAGCACAACAUAGAGAAAUCACAUAAUGGGCUGUUAUGUGCAUGACUAAUGUGAAUUACAAUGUAAGUAUUAUCUAACACAGCCAAUAGCCACUAUACAGCAUGUUCAUAUUUUAAUGCACUAAUGAUUUCUGAGUCCAUAUGAGUAUGGGGACAAUGUAUUGGAGGCUUGAACAUCGUCCAGUAGUUAUUUAUGUACAGCUCCGUGGGAGACAUCUCAGCUUAUGAUGGAAGUUCAUAGCAACCGUUUGGAACCCUACAGUGGAAACAUAAAAAGAUAACCCCAAUACACCCAAUACAUGAUUUGUAUUCAUGAACCUCCAUACUUUAUUAUUCAUAACAGGCAGAAUAGAGUGAUCUACUGUGUGAACUGCACAUUUCUUAGACAAUACAGUGGCUAUAGUUCCC